CCUACGCAGUCGGGUCCCCCACCCCACACUCCUCAGACCACCUCUGCAAACCCUGGAUCUUGCCUCUCUCUCUCUAGAAACAUUCUCUCUCUAGAAAUUUGCUCUCUCUCUCUCUCUAUAAAUUCUCUCUCUAUCUCUAUCUCUAUUUCUCUUUCACAGUUUCUCUCUCUUGAAAUUGCUCCCAUGAAUUAUUUCACUGGAAUCCAUUAAUAGCUUUCUGCAAUUUCUCUCUCUAAAAAUAGUAGCCCAUAAGGAAACGAAGAUUUGCAGGUGCUCUUCUCCAUAAAUAUUCAUUUAUUUUGCUGCACUCUCACUCUUAUCUCCACUCGUUCUAAACAAUUGAGGUGCAGUCUCUCUCUCCAUUUGGUUCUCUUUCUCUCUCUAAACGGUUGAAGGGGAGUAAGUACUGUGGGAGCAGUAAUCUCUGAUGGAAUUUAAGGCGCCUCUUCCUUACUAGUCAUGGAUCCCGAUGCCCUAGAAAUAGACGGGAAUGGAGGCUUCGGACAUGGGUUUUAGGGGAAGGUUCAGAGCUCUAUGAACCUAGUUUUUGAUUCUCGAAGGAGCGCUGGUUCUUGAAAACCGCUUUUGGUUUGAUAAGCUGUUUUUGGGAGUUGUGUUUUUUUGUUUUAGAGUGGUAUUUGGUAGCUUUUGGUGGUUUUGAAGACUGAAACUGCGGUUUUGACGAGGGUGAAGACAAGGUUUUGGAGAUGAAGUUCAUGAAACUGGGCUCAAAGCCUGAUUGUUUUCGGGGAGAUGGCAAUAACACAAGGUAUGUGGCGUCAGAAUUGGCAACAGACAUUACCAUAUUCGUUGAGGAAGUCAAGUUCUAUCUGCAUAAGUUCCCCCUUCUAUCCAAGAGUGGGCUCCUGCAAAAGCUGGUCUCAAAAGCCAACAAAGAAAACAUUGAUGAAGUUCGCCUAUUCGAUUUCCCUGGUGGCCCAAAAGCCUUUGAAAUAUGUGCCAAAUUCUGUUAUGGCAUGAUAGUAACCCUAAAUGCCUACAAUGUUGUGGCUGCUAGAUGUGCUGCUGAUCACCUUGAAAUGACUGAAACCAUCGAGCGAGGAAACCUAAAUUAUAAGAUCGAAGUCUUCUUAAGCUCGAGCAUUUUUCGAAGCUGGAAAGACUCCAUACUAGUCUUGCAAACAACGAAGUCUCUCCUGCCUUGGUCUGAGGAUUUGAAAAUAAUUGGAAGGUGUAUAGACUCAAUUGCAUCGAAAACCUCAGUUGACCCAUCAAAGGUUGAUUGGUCAUACACCUGUAAAUGGAGGAAUUCAGAAAAUCCGGUUGAAAAUGUUGCUGGUUUUCGGCAAGGUGUCAAAUCUGCUCCUAAAGAUUGGUGGGUCGAGGACAUAUGUGAAUUGGAUGUUGAGCUAUAUAAGAGAGUAAUGGUGGCUGUGAAAUCAAAGGGGAGAAUGUCAGGUGACCUUAUUGGAGAAGCAUUGAGGGCUUAUGUUCUUAGAUGGAUGCCUGAUGCUGUAAAGCUCGCCCCCCCGAAUUCUAAUGAUUUUGAAGGAUUUUCAAGCAAAAAUAGGGCUUUGAUAGAGACCAUUGUUUGGUUAUUACCCACUGAUAAGAUGAAGGGUUGUUCUUGUAGUUUCUUGCUCAAGUUAUUGAAAGUUGCAAUCAUGGUUGAAACCAGUGAGGACUCGAGGCAGGAGCUCGUGAAGAGGAUUGGUCUGAGAUUGAAUGAGGCAUCAGUGAAUGACUUGCUCAUCCCCUGGGUUGGGUCAGAAGGCAAGAUCGUGUAUGAUGUAGAUCUUGUGCAGAGCCUUGUGGAUCGGUUUAGUGUGAGAGAACAGGGUUCACAGGGUAGUGACUCUAGUGAGACAAAGAAGAGUGGGCUGAUUGUGGAUCGAGGCCAUGGGUCAUGGAUAGAAGUGGGAAAGGUGAUUGAUGGGUAUCUGGCAGAAAUAGCUCGGGACCCUAAUCUUCCUCUUUUUAAGUUUGUCAAUCUCUCAACGGCUGUACCAGCUGAUGCAAGGCCAGUUCAUGAUGGGUUAUACAGGGCUAUUGACAUUUAUCUGAAGGAGCAUCCUGGGCUGACCAAGGGAGAGAAGAAGAAGAUUUGCAGUCUAAUGGACGUCAAAAAGCUAUCCAUGGAGGCGUGUGUCCAUGCUGCACAAAACGAGCGUCUCCCUCUUCGCGUGGUAGUUCAGGUCCUCUUCUUUGAGCAAGUCAGGGUCUCCAACGCAGGCCUAACCACAUUAGUGGAGAACCCAAAUGAGUGUGGCUCACAUGAGAGCUCCCAGUCAGCUACAAACACAGACGAAGAGUGGGAUCACACUAUAAAUGAGCUCAAACCGCCAAAGCAAGACUUAGGUUUUGCAGCUAAAAUUGGGUCAGGAAAGAAGAAAAGUAAGGUUAAAGUUGGCGCAUUAUUGCCUUCUAGAUCGAGAAGGAUUUUUGAUAGGAUUUGGCCGAGCAAAGGGGAGACCAGGAGUUCAGAGACCUCAGGGAGCUCACAAAGCCCAACUUCAGUGAACCCAAUUGAGGUGAAAUCCACCACUGGUUCAAGGAAUAGGAGACAUUCUGUUUCAUAGUUGGUAUUUGGUUUAGGUGGAGGGUUGGCGUUUUGCUGUAAAGGGCACAAAGGGCUUUUUGUUAUGGUUUUGAAAUGAUUCUAGUGUUUGUUAGGCUUCUUUUCCCUUCUUUUUUUUUUCAGCAGGCCAAGGGGAAUGGAAUGGUGGGUAAGGUGGACUAACUGGUUUUGGGGUCUCUAUUAUGCUCUGGCUCUGCUGAUGUAUCAUUAUCUUUCUAACCACGUCUAAAUCCUAAGUGUAAGAUUUUGUGUGUGGAUC